GGUUUUCACACUUUGAACGGGACUCUUUAUGGAAUAAAAAUAAAUUGAUGCUGUUGUUGGAUACCGUUUGAAAUAAAACAAUAUGAACGAUUCAUUUGAAACAACAGCUUUUGAUGUAAUCUCUACAUUGAGUGCGGCCACGAGUGAUGCUGACACUACGUGGUCUACAAGCGCCGCAUCGUCUGGAAGUGUUACAAGUGCUGUGACGGCCACUGCGACGGCGUUGACCACAAAUAUUGUAGAGACGACAACUCACUUAUUCGACACCUAUACGGUUUUUAGGCAUCCACACUGGCGAAAUUUCCCUCUUGUUUCAGACGAAUGGCACUACCUGAUAGGUGUUUGCAUCACAAUCGUUGGAUUUACUGGAAUCUUUGGAAACUCACUCGUUAUUUGGAUGUUUACAAGGGAGAAGUCGUUACGGACAUCAUCAAACAUGUUCAUAGUCAACCUCGCUAUCAGUGAUCUUACAUUCUCUAUUGUGAAUGGCUUUCCACUGUUCAGCAUUUCUGCCUUCAACAAGAAGUGGAUUUUUGGAAACGCUGCAUGCGAAUUCUACGGAUUGAUUGGUGGAAUAUUUGGCCUGAUGUCUAUCAAUACAAUGGUAGCAAUUGCAUUUGAUCGGUACCAGGCCAUAGCCCGACCCCUUCAUGUGGCUAAAUUCAUGACACGGAAACGAGCAUUUCUAAUGAUUGUGGUUGUAUGGAUAUGGUCAUUUGUUAGUGCAACUCCACCGAUCUUUGGCUGGGGUCGAUAUAUAACGGAAGGUUUUGGAACGUCAUGCACGUUCGAUUACCUAACAAGGACCGACAACAACCGAUCAUUCAUAUUUUUCCUGUACAUUUUCGGCUUCGCAGUGCCGCUUGGAAUUAUUUUUGUCUGUUAUGCAAUGAUAAUCCGGGCAGUAAAACUGCAUGAAAUCGAAAUGAAGAAAACUGCAAAGAAGCUAAAUGCAGAAAUGCGUACAAAUCAAGAUAAGAAAAAUAUGGAAAUCAAAGUAGCGAAGAUUGCCAUGUCAAUUUUAAUUUUGUACCUUCUCUCCUGGUUGCCAUAUGCAACAGUGGCGCUGAUAGGCAUGUUCGGAGAUGCAUCAUUUGUGACUCCAUUUUGGGCAGAAAUACCAGUAUUGUUCGCAAAAGCAUCUGCUAUGCACAAUCCUCUUGUGUAUGCAUUGAGCCACCCUAAAUUUCGAACAGCUAUACAGAAUCGUCUGCCGUGGCUGGCGUGUUGUUGCAAACCAGAAACACAGACUCCAACGCCAUCUGGAACAUAUAGAGAUCGGAAUGCAAGUAAACGGAGCGUCAGCAGCGUUACAGGUGCCGCUAGUGUCAGUAGCGAAAUGAGUGAAAUUGGCGAAUCGAUGUAUACCGACAUGGAAUUUCGACUUCGAAAACUUGAAGAGGAACAGUCGGCUAAAAGAGAUCCCAGAGUUAUGUCGAAAAGAAAAGGAAACAAGGAUAAAGUGGCUGACCAGGUAGUUGAACAUGCCGACGAUAUUCCUGCCGGGAGAAUAAUACAAGACCUUGCACAUGCCUUAGUUGAAGUUACGGCACGUGAAAGACCAACAAAUCAAGCCGUACGACCUGUAUACCUCCCUAGUAAUAUUCUUCAAGGUAAAACAGCAGAUUCCAAAGAAGCCGCAGAUGGAGUUUUCGUUCUUGAUAGUAAUACUUUACCUGAACUUGCAAAAUACUUGGCAAAAUUCUCAAAUCUAAACAGUGGAAAUCCUGCAGGUGUCGUUAAUCAAGGGAUGGAGAUGUCACCAGAGACACCGACAUACGAAAUUGCGGGAGCUAGGCCAAAGACUUCAAAUACGGAGGAAAAUAAUGAAGGCUUAAAAACUGAUGAGGCUCAACUAUGAUACAACAGUAGUGUAAAAAUCGACUUUUUAUUCCUAAGUGCUCUUGUAGCUCUUGUAGCAUUUUUUUUUCAUCCGUAUUGUAUAUUUUCAUUAUUCAUGUGAAUGUUGGAUGGCACAAAUUUGUUAGAUUAACUGAUCUUUUGAUUCGAUAGAUUUGUUUAAAUUUGUUUGAUCAGUUUAUUCAGUUAACAUACACAUCACCACAGUACUUUUAGUCUUCUGUAAGAUCUUAUCAAAUAUGCCUCCUCAUUUUUUCAUAGUAUAUUUUCAUUCGCAGAUAAAGAAAAUCUUGUAAACAAAUACUUUUCAUAACACGGUAAGAAAAUAGAGCACAAUGAUAUGCUUACUUGACAUCCUCUCCGUGUGAUUGCGUGUGUCAGUGAAAAAGAAAUAUAUCAUAAACCUACUGAAGGGGCAUAAUCAAUAAUAAUAAUAAUACUGUUGUUAUUAAAAAAACAAAUGAAAACAACAGAAUAACACUAUAUGUGUAGUGCAUGCAUUAUAUGUGUAGUGCAUGUGUUAAAGAAUAAUUAAAACAUCAGACAAUAGAUGUGCUGACAAAUAACAGCAUAAUAAACGUUGAAACCUUUUUAAGAUGAUAAUAAGGUUGAUCCUUCGAGACAAAAGGCGAUUUGUUAUUGCAUAAGCUUUUCAUUUUGAUCUCAGUCUAUAAUGUUAUAACGUUUAUCCAACAAACGAGUGAUUUGCAUGACAAAAGUUGCUUUCUUCUGUAUGUUAUAUCUUGCUAAUAGAUUAGUAUAUUUUGGGUCUGACUGCAUUGUUCUAUAGCAGUAUGAUAUAUGU